UUUUUUUAAAAGUGGAAGUAUAUGGUUUGUGGAAUUUAGAAAUACUUCUUUUCUGAUUGCACUUCUCUUGUUAUUACCAGGAAUCCUCCCUUCAUUUUAGUUUGUCAAUUGGGGAUUUACACAGCCAUUCUGUUUCUUUUUAUUGGAAUCCCCAGUUGUGGAUUUCUUCCUUCUUAUUUUUCUGUUUGCAAUUUCACCUUUUUAAGAUCUGUGUAGCUUUAAUUUGAGUCCUUAGCUGUUCAGAGUCUUGCUGCUUUGGUUUUACUUCCUGUAGAGAAAGAGGUAACGUUUCUGUUCUUCAGCCUCUGAAGUCUGGAACCUUUAUAAAAAGUGGCCCUGUAGGAAUUCACCCCCACACGCCUUUUUGCUUGCAAAAAGGUUUGUUUCACUCUGUUACUUGUUUGCAAACAGUUAUUGGCAAACUGUUAAAUGCACCCUGGGUCACAUUUGUAAACGCAAAGUGUUAAUCAGCCAUUUCGUCUGGCACACUAGCAUCAGUUAGUUUAUAACCUUUAAUACGUGUGCAAACACACUGAAAUAUGCCUCCUGUCCUAGGUAUUAAACUGAUGUGGUUUGAUAUUAAGGUGAUAAAUGGAGAGCUGAUACACCAAAACAGCUUAGUGGGGAUCAGGGCAGUUCUAAGACAAAUAUCAUAUAAGUAGUUUAAAUACAAUGCUUUAAAAGUCUGUGCUUCAGUAAAAGGCACUUCCGCCUCUAAGGCCUUUUCCCCUUACUAUUGAAAAAAAUCUGGUGCUGAUACUACAGUAUUGCCCUUAGUAUUCCUGCGUGUAGGAAGUGAGAGAACUUUGGCAGACAUUUAACUGGAUCCUCGGGAGCCAGAGGAACUGCAUAUCCAGAACUCCUGUGGUCCCAGCCCACAAGUGCUCUGUGUGUGUGGUACCCGCAAUGCGGUCAGAGUGAAUCCGUGGAGGAGAGCAGGAUUGCCAGCAGGGAGUAGGCUGUGUCUGGUUUGUGAAAAAUUGUAAAGUCAGCUGAAUGUGGUAUUUUGGGAGAUGGCAGCAUGUUGCACACGUGGUGUGGUGGAAGGGGUUUGCUGAUCCCUUACUGCAGAUACCCAACUUUGAACAGUAAAACCACGCUUUCUCCUGGGAUGGUUUGUUGUGCUGGGAGAUGGGGUGUGUGUUUCAGCACGCUGCCAUGCAGUGUGGCUCUUCCACAGAAGGUGCAUCCAGGUACAGAAGCUCCUGGAGCCGUGUUUUCAGCCCUGUUACUGCGGUUGUCAAGCCAGCCACGGUGAAUGAAACAAACUGUUCCGGUAAGAGCAUAGUGUUGUUGCCGUAACUGCUCGCACGAAGAAGAUGCUGUUGGCCAGAGAUUGCCAUCUUCCCCUUCCUGAAGGACACUGUGCAAGCCCGUCAUGUAGAUGCAGCAAAGCAGCCUGCAGCCCAUGCCGGGUCCCAAGGUGUGAAGGGUGCGUUGGACAAGUCGCCCCCGCCACUGCCUCUGGGGCACAAUGACUGAGCAGCAAAGUCCCCCCGAGCAGAUGGCGACUGGGGAGGGUGCUGGCGAGCGAGGUGGCAAUUACAAGAUCACGAUCUACGAGCUGGAGAAUUUCCAGGGGAAGAAGUGUGAGCUGACGGAGGAGCUCCCUAACAUCACUGAGAAAGAGCUGGAGAAGGUGGGCUCCAUCCAGGUGGAGUCUGGCCCGUGGCUGGGCUUCGAGCGGCAAGCCUUUGCCGGCGAGCAGUUUGUGCUGGAGAAGGGCGACUACCCACGCUGGGACUCCUGGUCCAACAGCCACAACAGCGACAGCCUGAUGUCCAUCCGUCCCCUCCAGAUCGACAGCCCCGACCACAAGAUCCACCUCUUUGAGAACGCGGGCUACACCGGGCGGAAGAUGGAGAUCGUGGAUGAUGAUGUCCCCAGCCUCUGGGCCCACGGCUUCCAGGACCGCGUGGCCAGCGUCAGGGCCCUGAAUGGAACGUGGGUGGGCUACGAGUACCCGGGGUACCGGGGCCGCCAGCACGUCUUCGAGAAAGGCGAGUACCGCCACUGGAACGAGUGGGACGCCAACCAGCCCCUCAUCCAGUCCGUGCGCCGUGUGCGGGACCAGCAGUGGCACCAGCGGGGCUGCUUCGAGAACAGCUGAGGGAUGCCCCGGCCCCCCCACUGCCCCCGCUGCCGCCCAUGCUGGGGACCGGCUGACGUGAUGCCGCUGGCUGAUGCCGUGACGUUGGUGUUUUUUUUGUGCAAAAACCUUAAUAAAGCUCUGAGCUG